AUGGGUGAGCGAGGUCCGGACCAGUGGUUGGAACAAAUCAAGAAAUGCAUCGCUCUCUCCGAGCUGGACAUGAAGCAGUUGUGCGAGCUCGUCAAGGAGUUGUUGAUGGAAGAACUGAACAUCCAGCCGGUCCAGUCGCCGGUCACGGUGUGUGGUGACAUUCACGGCCAGUUCCACGACCUCUUGGAGUUGUUUAGAAUAUCCGGUGGCAUUCCCAGCGACGACAACCAGAAUAAUUAUAUCUUCCUUGGCGACUAUGUCGAUCGGGGCUAUUUCUCGUUGGAAACUUUCACUCUUUUGAUGGUAUUGAAAGUGAAAUACCCCCACCGAAUCACGUUGGUGCGGGGGAACCAUGAGCUGCGUCAAAUCACCCAGGUUUAUGGUUUCUAUGAAGAGUGUCUUAACAAAUACGGUAGCACCACCGUUUGGAAAUACUGCUGUCAAGUAUUCGACUUUUUGACGCUUGCGGCGAUUAUUGACGGUAAAAUCCUCUGUGUCCACGGGGGUUUGCUGCCAGAGGUGAGGAUGUUGGACCAGAUCCGGGUAUUGAGUCGUGCCCAAGAAGUACCCCACGAAGGCGGGUUCUGUGACUUAGUGUGGUCAGACCCGGAUAAUGUCGACACCUGGGCGGUGCUGCCGCGUGGUGCCGGUUGGUUAUUCGGGCUGAAAGUUCUGCGGGAGUUCAACCACAUCAAUAACCUUCAAUUGAUUGCCAGAGCCCACCAGUUGGUGAUGGAAGGGUUCCGCUACCAUUUCAAGGACAAGGACGUCGUCACUGUGUGGCUGGCGCCCAACUACUGCUACCGGUGCGGCAACGUGGCCCUGGUGAUGCAGGUGGAUGAGGACCUUGACCCCAACUUCAAGAUCUUCUCUGCGGUCGAGGACGGCGACUUGAUGGUGAAGAACAAUGCCCUGAAGCAGAACCGCAGCGACUACUUCUUGUGA